AUGUUGAACGGCCAUCCUGCUGAAGACGCUGUCGAUUUGGCGACAACAGCGAUUGACGCCUGCGCAAGAGAUGAUGGUCGAGUCGAUAUUGAAAUCCCUCCCGCGCUCAGCAACCGACUUUCCAAGCUCCCCGACUUUGAAGACAUCGAUGCAACUCCAGAGUCGCCUCCUUCGUACCGAGCACACAACCAACCCAUCAUCAGUCUCAACAUCCUAAUCCAAGUAAUCGGGAGUCGCGGCGACAUCCAGCCAUUCAUUGCACUCGCCAACGAGCUACAAAAACACGGUCACAGAAUCCGAUUGGCUACACAUGAUAUCUUUGCCGACUUUGUCAUGUCUUCGGGCAUAGAGUUCUACCCAGUAGGGGGUGAUCCCUCUGAGCUCAUGGCCUAUAUGGUCAAGAACCCAGGCUUGAUUCCAAGCAUGGAGAGUCUUCGCGCAGGGGAUAUCCAAAGCAAGCGCAAAAUGGUGGCUCAGAUGCUAGACGGGUUCUGGGACUCAUGUAUCCAACCUGACCCCAAAACUGGGGCCCCCUUCGUCGCAAACUGUAUUAUCGCUAACCCUCCAAGCUUUGCACAUGUACAUUGUGCCCAAGCCUUAGGAGUGCCGCUUCACAUGAUGUUCACUAUGCCCUGGACCAGCACAGGAGCAUUCCCCCACCCUCUGGCAAAUAUGACCAUUUCAGACACGAACCGGGAACGUGAUAUUGCAAAUUAUCUCUCAUACGACGUGGUUGAGUUUUUGACAUGGCAGGGGCUCGGGGAUAUCGUUAAUACUUGGCGUCAAACCAAGCUUGGCCUUGAACGCGUCCCUCUCAACGAAGGCCAUAGGCUUCUCAAGUCUCUUGAGGUGCCUUUUACAUAUUGUUGGUCGCCAUCACUGAUCCCAAAGCCUAGGGAAUGGGGCCACAACAUAGAUAUAUCUGGUUUCUUCUUCAGGCAGCCUCCAGCAUACGAGCCCCCCAGCGACCUUGAUGCAUUCUUACAAAAAGGAAACGUCCCUAUUUAUGUCGGGUUCGGCAGCAUAGUGGUUGGCGAUCCGGAUCGCCUCAUGACCAUGGUUCUGAAAGCCAUCAAUACCUUGAAGGUUCGGGCUGUUAUCUCGCGGGGGUGGAGCAAGCUCGAAGGCGAGAAACACCCCGACAUCUUUUACAUCGAUGAUUGUCCUCAUGAUUGGCUUUUCCAACAUGUCUCGGCAGUUGUUCACCAUGGCGGAGCUGGAACAACUGCAGUCGGGCUGCUAAACGCACAGCCGACAGUAAUCGUACCUUUCUUUGGCGACCAACAAUUUUGGGGCCAAAGGAUAGCAAAAGCAGGCGCUGGACCCGAGCCAAUACCCUACUCUUCUUUGACCUCGAUAAAUCUUACUGAAGCGAUAGGCUUCGCUCUGAACCCAGGAGUUAAAGUUGCCGUGCAACAGCUGUCUAGGCAGAUGAGGAGCGAAUCAGGCGUUGAAGCGGCAGUUACUCACUUCCACUCUAAGCUGCCUUUGGAGCGAUUAAUGUGCGACGUGAUACCGGAACUUCCCGCUUCCUGGACUUACAAAGGGAAGCAUAACCAAGUCUUGAUGUCCAAGCGAGCGGAGCGGCUUUUGACAAGAUCACAUAAACUAGAUCAAAAGAAGUUGAAAUUCCACCAACCAAAACCUAUCUACAUUGAGAGCCAGCGUUGGGAUCCAAUCACUGCCGCUGGCUCAGCAUCAGUAGACGUUGCCACCACAAUGGCAGACGCAGCAGCUGGCAUCUUUGUCAAGCCCUACGAGACUAUCAAAGAGAACCGCGCGGACGGCGAAUCUAGCGACACCGCAUCACAGAGUAUCAAAAGAAAAAGCGACUCGGCAGCAGCAAAAAGAGCCAUACAGGCCUCUUCAAAAAGCCUAGGGAAAUUGGUUACGGCUUCAACCAAAGGCAUCUUGAUCGAUAUCCCAAUCGCAAUCACAGAUGGUCUUCGUGCUGUGCCGCACCUCUACGGUGAAGACGUGAGACAUCGAGGAAACAUCACAGGUUUCAAGUCUGGCGCUGUUGUAGCGGGCAAGAACUUUUGUCAUGGUAUGUUUGAAGCUAUCACUGAUGUUGCCGUCUACACAUACCACGGGAAGCGUGAAGAGCAAGCAAUCGGAGCCGCAAAGGGGUUAGGCAAGGGCAUGCUGAAUCUCGUCACAAAGACUACCGCAGCUACGAUUGGGCUAGUUACGUAUCCGGCUCAGGGGCUUCAGCGGAGCAUUCAUGCCGCAGUCAUGACCAAAACGCCCAAUAUGAUCCAGGAAUCUAUGAGGGUAGAGGGAGACUGGAUCCUUGGAAAGACUCCGGCGUCUGAUGACGAAACUCGUGGUGUCGUGGCAGAUUUCCAAACCUUCUGUGGCAGCAAGACCGCAAAGUGA